GCGUCAACCCGGACAUUCAGCGGCGUAAUUAGCGCAGUAGCAGCAGGAGAAGGGGAUCCGGCCGGUUUUGGGGGGCACCAUCUCUGCGCAUCACAGGAUUUCGACUCAGUGUGUGUUUUAUUUAAUUUGAUGAAUGCUCAUUCAUUGGCACAGAGUGAAAGUCAAAGAUGCGCACCGCUGAACAAAGGAUUUAGUGUUAAACGAUCAAGAAUCUCAUCCACAUUUUAUUCCUGACAGCCAUUUGGACUUGUCAAGACGCGGCAUUCAUGCCCAUUCUGCCUCUGAGGACAACGGACACAGGCUGAAUAACCGGGUUCCUCUAGUUUCCAACGUGGAGGAAUCAUCUGGGCUGAUCGCGCACAAGUCCAUGUGGAUGGAGAGAGAAUACGCAAGCACAGCGAGCGGAGCUCCCUCCGAAAUGUGACAUUUUUAUUCCGUCGCCCAUCGUAGCCUACCUGACAGCUGUGCUUCUGCCUUCGUCCUCGAUCAGAUUUGUUUACAUCGAUUAAGAGAUGGCGUUCCUCCCGGUUCUGUUCCUGCUGCUGCUGACUGUUGCUCAUCGUGCCGCUGGUCAAGACCCCGAGGACCCAGAAGCUCUCCCAAGAGGCUGCGGCUGGGGCCUUGUGCGUCCCUACACCCUCCUUUGUGACCUGGACUCCAUAUGGGGUGUGGCUGUCGAGUCUGUGGCUGCUGGUGGGGCGCUGACUGCCGUCUUGCUAGCCCUAGUCCUGCUAUGCCGUUUGCACCACAUCGGUGAGGCUGAGAAGCGCAGUGCUGUGGGACCCAUCCUCCUGCUGCUCCUUGGCAUCCUUGGCUUGUUCGGCCUGAGCUUUGCUUACUUGAUCGAGCAGGAUGAGUCUUUAUGUCUGCUCCGCAGGGCCCUGUGGGGUCUCCUGUUUGCUGUCUGCUUCUCAUGCUUGCUGGUGCAGGGUGUCCGACUGCAUAGGCUUGGUCGUGAGCGACGGAGCCCUGGCAGCUGCGCCCUAACAGGCCUUGCGUUGGGUUUGAGUGCUGUGCAGGGUAUCAUUGCCGCGGAGUGGCUACUUCUGACCGUGCUGAAGGAGGGACAAGCUGCCUGUCUGUACCUGCCAGUGGACUUCUCACUAGCCUGCAGCUACGUGCUAGCCCUCCUACUAGCCGCACUCACUGCCGCCUCCCUAGCGCUAUGUGGAAAGACACGUCAAUGGCGCUGCAAUGCCAUCUGGCUGCUCGUGACAUGCCUGCUGUCGCUGCUGCUGUCGGUGACCUGGGUGGGCUUCUAUCUGUAUGGCAACGCCUGGCUGGGGAGGUACCCAGACUGGAAUGACCCGGCACUGGCCAUUGCUUUAGUGGCUCAGGGCUGGCUGCUGCUGAUAUUCCACGCCAUUCCUGAGUCCCACAUCUGCCUGAGACCUCCUCCACAGCCCACUGCCCCAGAUUACUUUGACACCUCCCAGAACUCGACACGGAUGAGGGAGACCAGCUUCGAUGAAGACAUCCCUCUCUCUCACAGGCAGUUUGUGGAGAACCAGGGCUACGGAUACAGUGACGAGAACGCCGCAGGUUUGAGGAGUGGUAGCAGUGCCGCGCAACACAACAGUAACACCGCUGCCAGGCCCAGUGCUCCUUUCCGCAGCAACGUCUAUCAGCCCACUGAGAUGACCAUGAUCCUGAACGGGGGAGCGGUGCCCUCUGCCCCUCCAACCUACACAGGGAGGCAGCUGUGGUGAGUGAGAGGAUUGGAAAGAAGAUGUGUGGUAAAAAAAAACAAAUGAGGAGAAGAAGAGGAUGUAGAGGGUGAGGAGGGACGGGGUCCAGGACGAGAAGCCCGCCUGGUUGUAUUGAACUUAAAACAUGGAUGCCAAAAAGGCCCUUUCACUCUGUGUACAGACUUAAACACUGACUGUGUGCCAAUCAACUAUUGUAUGAGUGCAUGUGUGAGAGUGCGAGAAAGUAGGGUAUGGAGGACAGAGCUAAAGCUCUUCUAGCACACAAAUCUCUAUAGAAGGGUUGAGAAACUCAUAAUGUGCCCAGCAAGUAGCAAAACAAAACACACACUGACUCGGAUCUAAAAACAUCAACAUGCAGUAUUCUUUUCUUAUUGUUUGAUUUGCUCCCCUGAGACUGCAGCACUGUAAGCAUCCUUGAAAACUGUGAAAUAUAUCGCUUUUCCCUGCUCUCUCGCUCAUUCCUGUCAGUCAGGAUGUCUUUUUUUCUGCUGCUCCUCACAAUGCUGGCGCUCAAGUGGAAACAUUUGGCUCUGUCCUCCAUCCAUCCAAAGCGUAGGUGAAGACAGAGUACAUGGGCAACUGUACAGUGUGAGCACAUCCCUCUUAAAAAGAACCCAGCCUCUGUGGGUGUGUAUGUAGAGUAUGUAAGAGGAAAACGUUUGUGUGUAUUCCCGGCACCACAACUCUACCACUCCAAUCAACCAUGCCUCUCCAGACUGUUACCCCUCUCCUUCCUCCUUGUCUCUCUCUGUUGCCGGUUAGCAUUUCUCUGCGCCGUCUGUGAGCAUAACACAUAACUUUUCUCACCUUGCCUCAUCCUCUCACCUGCAUGGACACUUUGCAAAAUGUGAAACAAACUGUGAAGCCUUGCGGUUGGAAAAGAAGUUUCCCCUUUGACCGCGCACACAACAAGAGCAGCCUGGAGCACCAGAACAGAGGGAUCACAAGCUGCUAAUGAACUGCUGUUAGAUAUAUGCGCGGCGUAGAGUGGAUUCUGAUUGGACAAGGAGGGUGUCAGUCAUCAGUGGGGAGGCACCGCUUCAUGUAUCUAGGUCACACUACUGUGUGCUGCUCUCCCACAUCUCCAGUGGCCACUGGCGGUUUGAACCAGCCAGGAGAAAUUGUCACUUUAUAUCAGCAGGAAACAGAGCAAGAAAAUUAAAUGGUUCUCCUGU